GCCUCGAAAGUCUGCUUCACUCACUGUCCUGGCUGGCACUAGCUGUAAUCCCGUUCACGAUGUACAGACGGUGGAAUCCACAUACUAAACCUCCAUCUGAUUUUGCAGUACAAGGGAAAUGUGUGAAACAUCCCAGAAGUAGUGUGGUUUACACUGCAAGCUUUGGAAAAUAAUUGUAGAGAGGCCUGUUCAUCACGGGAAUUAAUUGUGUCUCUUUCCAGGGCUGGGAAAGAAAUCCAGAGUUGUGACUCAGGAAGAGACUUCGGAAGGAAGAAACCCUGAAUAUCUUUAAAGUGCCUUUCUGCAGUCAUCCAGGAGUGUUCAGCGCCAGAACUGAAAUUCAGAGGAGUGUGAAUGUACGACCUAUUGGAUGUGAACUCCUUCUUCUAAAGCAGACUUGCAAUACCCUAAUCUCUCGCUUGCCUGGGAGACCCUUCAGCGUUCCUGUAACUACGUCUCAUCCUGGGCUUGGAGGGCGCCUCCUGACUUGAGAUCUGAACCAUGUCCCACCCAUCAUGGCUGCCGCCAAAGAACACCAACGAACCCGUCGGACACGUCACUGCGAGAAUGGAGACCACGCACGCUUUUGGGACCCCCAGCAUCUCUGUGUCCACGCAGCAGUCGCCAAAGAAAUUUGCACCAGUUGUUGCUCCAAAGCCAAAGUACAAUCCAUACAAACAGCCGGGGAGUGAUGAUUUCCCUCUGCCACCACCACCACCACCACUUCCUGGAGAUGAUCUCGGGAACCUCCCAGCGCCUCCUGGUGCCUUUCCCCCACCACCCUCUACAGAUGAGGCUGGUUUCAGUGUGCAGGUAAAUCCUGGUGAGAAGACGCUUGAAGAAAGACGAUCCAGUUUAGAUGCAGAAAUCGACUCCUUGACCAGCAUCCUGGCUGACUUGGAAAGCAGCUCCCCAUACAAGCCACGGACUCAACAGGGCUCUGGGUUCCCCACCGGCUCCCCAGUUACUUCUCCCCCGGGAUCUACUCCGGUUACUGGGCACAAGCGGAUGAUCAUUCCCAACCAGCCGCCUCUCACUGCCACCAAGAAAUCUACUGCCAAGGCACCGGUGCAACCUGCUGCCCCGCCCGCCCCAGUCCCAGUGACUCCUGUUGGUACACUAAAACCUCAGCCACAGCCAGUUCCAGCAUCUUAUAUCACCGCGUCCACUCCCACCCGACCGGCGUUCAACGUACAGGUGAAAACAGCCCAGCCCAGCCCUCACUUCCAGCCACCUGGCCCACCGCCCGUUCAGUACGGGCUGGGUCCAAGCCAAUCCUAUGCUCCUCAGCCAGCCCGGCCCCCGGGGCCAGCACAGUAUGUUCCAUCUCAGCCUCGUGGUCCUGAGUAUGGCUACGCUCCCCAGCCUGCACGUCCUUCAGAGCCUGCUUAUGGCUUUGCACCUUCACAGGGGCGGUAUCAAGAGCUUUACUACCCUGCAGGCCCUGGAUAUGGAGGAAGAAAUGGCUCGGAACCAUCCUAUGUGCCACAAAACACCUGGAAGCCCGAGCCAGCCUAUCCCACAGCUAACACCAUGGCCCAAAAUCCAGCUGGGCCGUACCAACCGCCCAGCACAAAGAAGACGUACAUUACGGAUCCGGUGUUAGCACCUCCUCCACCACCCAUGCAGCCAAAGAGUGGGUACCCUGCCUCUGGCUCGGCAUCAAAUGCUCCUUUGUUCAGACCUGAGGAUGAGCUGGAACAUCUGACCAAGAAGAUGCUGUACGACAUGGAGAAUCCGCCCUCUGAUGACUACUUCGGCCGCUGUUCCCGUUGCGGUGAGAACGUUGUCGGGGAAGGCACUGGCUGCACUGCCAUGGACCAAGUGUUCCAUGUGGAAUGUUUUACCUGCAUGACCUGUGGCAACAAGCUCAGAGGCCAGCCUUUCUACGCGGUGGAGAAGAAAGCGUAUUGUGAACCCUGCUACAUCAACACACUGGAGCAGUGCAGCGUCUGUGCCAAACCCAUCAUGGAGAGGAUCCUGCGCGCCACGGGGAAAGCCUACCACCCCCACUGCUUCACCUGUGUGAUGUGCCACCGCAGCCUGGAUGGCAUCCCCUUCACUGUGGAUGCCGGAGGGAACAUUCACUGCAUCGAGGAUUUCCACAAGAAAUUUGCACCGCGAUGUUCCGUGUGUAAGGAGCCUAUUAUGCCUGCCCCGGGUCAAGAGGAGACCAUACGCAUUGUGGCAUUAGAUCGUGACUUCCAUGUCCAGUGCUACCGGUGUGAGGACUGUGGUGGCCUCCUGUCUGAAGGGGACAAUCAGGGCUGUUACCCUCUGGAUGGACACAUCCUUUGCAAGACCUGCAACUCAGCUCGGAUCCAGGCACUCACCGCUAAGGCCAGCACUGACCUUUGAGCGUCUACCACCACACUCCCAUAUUUGCCUGUUGGGGGAAUUGCACAACCUUUCCAUUUAGCAUGACUCCUUUCCAGCCUAGGACCUAAUUCUCUAUUGAAAAAGUAAAGCUGGAAGGCCUUGGGACAAGCAGGCAGUUUCUAAGUUUAUCUCUAUUUGAUUCACAUCUCCUAAGAAGCACAUUAAAAUUGGGAUGAUUGGGCUCGAUUCUCUUCUUACUCUGGUGUGAGGGCCUGAUCCUACUCGCAUUGACAUCAGUGGGAAGCUAUAUAUUGCACAUGAUUCCAUAAUACUAGACUUACACCAGUGUAAAACCAGCAUGUAAGUGUAAGACCAGAAUCAGAGAAAUUGUUAUCACAAGAUAAACUAUACAAACAUUGGCCAUGAGACAUUGGGCCUUUAUAUAGGUAUUGUUUUAAAUCAUAGGGACACAGAU